GUAAACCGUCGUUUUUUUGGGGCUUGUUUACUGUGGAAGAAUACGGGCAGAUCAUUUGGCAUUUAUUGUGCAUGAAAUUGCGCAUAUGCCGUCCGAGACGCUAGAGGAGCUGCUUUCCGCGGAUGAGCGCGUCCGCCGGUAUCAUGCUUUCGUCGGACGAAUUCGACUACAAGGACAGUUUUUACUAGACGAGGCUAUCGAAAGGGCACUUAACGUCCGUGCGCCGUGGACAUCACCUGACACUGCUGUCAAAGCUUAUCGGAAGCAGCUAAGUUCCUCGACCUUCCGAAUAGCAGGACAACCAGAGGCUCUCUCCUACUCACAGAUACGAGAAUUUAUGCGUAGCGAAAACCAAGAAACGCGACACCUCGGGCAACAAGCAAUUAAGGAUGGAAUUGUCGAGAAUCGCAUUGACAAAUUCGCCGCCCUUGCCCUGAAUAUGGUCGUGGGCAACUGGAUCAUCGAAACACGAGAAAGAGGAUACCACUCCCCGCGCUCCCGGAGAAACGUACUGAACAGCAUAUCCGAUGAAAUAGUCAAUGCACUCAUAGCUGCAGUGAAGGAAGAAGGUGUCCAAGUCACGAGGCGAGCCAUGCUCCUGAAGAAGCGGCUUCUUACUGCAACAGGGAAGAUCAAGACAUUUUCUUUCGUGGAUCGUCUGGCCCCCUUGACCUUAACCAAAGAUUCGUCGGCGGAAGCGACCGCACGCGUCCCGUGGUGCCAAGCAGUCGAGACAGUCAAAAACGGUUAUGCUAGCUUCUCUCCUGUGUUCGUGAGGCUUUUCGAGAAGUUGCUGAAUGAAGGACGCAUUGAUGCGGCUCCCGCGGACGGAAAGCAGACGGGUGCUUUUUGUAGUGGUGGCACACCGGCUACUGGUCCAUUUAUUCUCAUGACCCACACUGGCGUCAAGGCGAACGUCCAGACACUGGCCCACGAAGCAGGACACGCCAUUCACUUCCUGCUUGCAUACGAGCAGGGCAACUUGCAAUACCAUCCCCCUCUUCCACUGGCAGAGACUGCAAGCUUGAUGGGUGAAACCGUCGUCUUCUUUCAUCUCUUGGACCAAACGGAAUCUCCACACAAAGUUCUAGAAAUGCUUGUGGAACACCUGGACAGCUUGGUCGGCACCAUCACUCGCCAAGUUUCUUUCGAUCGGUUCGAGGAACUUGUGCACGAGACCCGGCUCUCAGGGAUCGUGGGGGACGACGAAUUCGACCGAUUGUGGCUACAGAGCACCAAGGAAUUUUUUGGCGACGAGGGGGACGUGUUCGAUGACUAUGCCGGCAUUGAAAAAGACUGGAGCACUGUCCACCACUUCACAAAGGCCCCGUUUUAUGUCUACUCUUACGCCCUUGCGGACCUUCUGGUAGGUUCGCUGCUCGCAGCGAGAACGCAAAACGAUGGCAGCGACUUUGAAGAAAAAUUUAUUAGUUUUCUCCAGGCUGGCGACACGGCCGACUUGGAGACAGCCCUCCGCCCUUUUGGACUCGACCCCACAACACCGUCAUUCUGGAGAGACGCUAUCGGCAUGAGACUAGGUACUGCAGUCGAACGGGCGGAACGAUUAGCGUCAGAACUAGGAUACAUAGAGGCUUCGCGCUACUGAAUUCCUUUUAGGAGGCUACCUCUACGCACUUGAAACACCCACGCAGGUGGCAGCGUGUUUGCACAUACGGGACGGCGUACGUUAUCGAUGGUGGAGAAUCAUGCCUGAGAUUCAAUUCGGCGAAAAGAAUCAUGCAAAACGUCAGGUUGUGCCUCAUGGCUGCAGUUUUAGUUGGACUGAGAGUCUGUCUAGGGAUGUCUGGUGUUGUUGGCUGUGGAGCUGGCACCGUUUCUCGAUCUUGCGUCCCUCAAGAUUCAAAACAGUGAACUGUUCGAAUGUCACGGGCCGAAAUUUUUUCGCGUCUCGCCGUUGGGACCAGUAGUCUCGAAUUCGUAUUCAACGACCAACCGGCCAGCUUUCGUUGCUGACAAUAAUACCGCCGCCAUGUCGUCCCCCGCCAGUGUAGCAUCCGUGAUACCGCAUACUCGAUGCACUGGGGGACAUUCGUGGCGCCGUUGUGUUAUACACGAGUACGCUUAGGAGAACCGGCGCUGUGCGACUAAACGCCUCCAUAAGACAUUUCUACCCCCAGAGGAAA